CCAUUAACGGCUGCGGGUCGUCCCGCCCGCCCCGCGCCCCGCCGGUAACGCCCAGCGGGUCCUCUCUCCGCAGCCGCCCGGGACGCGCGUUUGGGUCCGGCCUGAGACCACCGUUUCGUGACGUCUCACCAGGGCUAUGGCCGCUUUCGACGAGAAAAAAGACCAUCCCCGUUCCUUGACUAUGUGUGGCCAUGUUGGCUUUGAAAGUUUACCUGAUCAGCUGGUUGAUAGAUCCAUUCAGCAAGGCUUCUGUUUCAACAUUCUCUGUGUGGGGGAGACUGGAAUUGGAAAGUCCACACUGAUUAACACACUGUUCAAUACUAAUUUUGAAGAGCUUGAAUCCUCACACUUUUGUUCGUGCGUUAGACUUAGAGCUCAGACGUACGAACUCCAGGAAAGUAAUGUUCGCUUGAAACUGACCGUUGUGAAUACAGUGGGGUUUGGCGACCAGAUCAAUAAAGAAGAGAGCUACCAACCAAUAAUUGAUUACAUAGAUGAUCAAUUUGAGGCCUAUCUCCAAGAAGAACUGAAGAUCAAGCGCGCUCUUUUUAACUACCAUGACUCGCGUAUCCACGUGUGCCUCUACUUCAUUGCUCCAACAGGCCAUUCUCUAAGGACACUUGACCUCCUAACCAUGAAGAGCCUGGACAGCAAGGUGAACAUUAUACCAUUAAUUGCCAAGGCAGAUACAAUUUCUAAAAGUGAAUUACAGAAGUUUAAGAUGAAGCUCAUGAAUGAACUGGUCAUCAAUGGUGUUCAGAUAUAUCAGUUCCCAACAGAUGACGAGACUACUGCCAAGAUCAAUGGUGCAAUGAAUGGACAUUUGCCAUUUGCUGUUGUGGGAAGUAUGGAUGAGAUACAAGUUGGAAAUAAGAUGGUCAAAGCUCGCCAGUAUCCUUGGGGUAUUGUUCAAGUGGAAAAUGAGAACCACUGUGACUUUGUAAAGCUGCGGGAGAUGCUCAUUUGUACAAACAUGGAGGAUCUGCGGGAGCAGACCCAUGCACGGCACUACGAGCUGUACAGACGCUGCAAGCUGGAGGAAAUGGGCUUUGCAGACGUGGGCCCGGAGAACAAGCCCCUCAGUCUUCAAGAGACUUAUGAAGCCAAGAGACACGAAUUCUAUGGUGAACGUCAGAGGAAGGAAGAAGAGAUGAAGCAGAUGUUUGUGCAGCGAGUGAAGGAGAAAGAAGCCAUCUUGAAAGAAGCUGAAAGAGAGCUUCAGGCCAAAUUUGAGCACCUUAAAAGAAUCCACCAGGAAGAGAGAAUGAAACUUGAAGAAAAGAGAAGGAUUUUGGAGGAAGAAUCAAUUGCUUUCUCUAAGAAGAAAGCUACUUGUGAUCUAUUCCAGAGCCAGACAUUUAUGGCGGCAAGUAGCAGCAUUAAGAAGGACAAAGACCGAAAGAACUUCAAUUUUAUGUAGUACAAGAGUUCCAGAGCACAGAUGGUCGUCACAACCAAAGUUAUUGUAUGCUUUGAGUUUAUGCUAGUUUGCUUUAUCAUUAACUCAGUUAUGUAGCAAAGCGCUAAAGUUACUCACAUUUACAGAAAACUAUUUUCACAUAGAAGGCUGCUCUGCCAGCCAAAGUGUGCAGUUCUCCCACCCUUGCUGUCGUUAGGAAUCUGUAAGUUGCUAGUUUGCUGUGGAUCUUGGUCUACUUUCCUCCUGCCGAAUUCUCACUUUGCUGCGUGGUAUUCUAAAUGGCAAAGGUCAUUGCCAAUAAAACUACAGAACUCCUUCAUAUUAUGAAUAUCUGAUUGUAUUUUCAUUAUAGCAUGGACUUAUUUUUGUUGUGUACUAAACAGAAAACACUGGAGGCAUAUACUUUGGAGUGUAUUACAAAGUUAAAGCUAAUACCAAUAGUAGAAAAAUUUAAAAUAUUUGAAACAGUGACCCAAUUAUCAGUAUUCUGAAGUUUCAUGUCAAACUAUGUAACCUUUUAUACAUCAGUGUGCCUUGUUGUAUAUUGCUUGAUAAAACAAAAACAAUUUAAAAGUUCAAAAAUACAUUUGAAGCUGGGUUAUCAUAUUAUUUUCCUUAAGCGAUCAUAAAUAUUUUUUAAAUGUUGCCUUUGAGGGAAUAAGAAAGCUGAAAAUUGUAUUAGAGUAUCUGAAUCUUAAAUAUAUUAAAACUUGAUACUUCAUAUUUCAGGAUACAUUUGCAUCAGUGCCUUAGUAGUCUUAGGACAAUGUUUUACUUUUCUAAUGGUUAUACGUAUAUAUGUUUUCAUUCUUUUGUACUUGAAUAUUCUGUAUUCUGAAUAAAAUUGAUAUUCUUGACAAAUCUGCA